AUGUACAAUGAUCCCUGGCCGACGCACACGGUGGCUCUGUGCGGCUCUACGGGGGAGGGCCAUGACGCGGUGGAGGGGAGGAGGCGGCUGAGUUGCCCAGCGACUCCCCAGCGGGUGGCUUCACGCAGCGCCCAGAUGCCAACAAAACGACGUGCGCGGGAGCGUGCGCCUCUCCUGCGCAGCGCAGCGCAUCUGUUUCUUCGCUUGUGGGGGUGGGGAUGGCCGGCGGCGGAGGCGAGGCCUUGUGCCGCCCCGAUUGACACGUGGGGCGAGGUGCACCAAACUUCGAGAACUACGCCUUUCACUCAGGUGAUGUAA